GUCACGAGUUUUGCGUACGUUUUGCAAACAUAUGAUUUGAUUGGAUGUCGUCUUAUUAGGUCUUAAGGGAUGUAUUCAUUGGUGACAAUCCAUUGUUUACCAUCUGUUUCGGUGAUUGUCGCUCAAUGAAUGCAUUGUCACAGCCGUUGGAUCCGAUGAUUACGUGACCGCUAUAUCAUUGAAUUAGUGAUUGAUAUUCUUGUGUCAAACAAACAAAACAAUGGCUAAACAGUUGAUUGGAUCCGCUCAAGACGUUUGCGCCGAUUGUGGUGCCAAUGAACCGAAUUGGGUUUCACUGAACAGAGGAGUUCUCAUAUGCGAUGACUGCUGUCUUAUUCACCGAAGUUUAGGCCGCCAUAUAUCGCAAGUGAAGUCCAUUGCGAAGAGUGUCUGGCGGUCGACACAAAUCCAAAUGAUAGCUGAACUGCAGAGGAGUGGUUCCAACUCUAUAUGGGAGCACACAUUACUGGAUCCGUUGACUGGAAAGACGGCCAUUCGUCGCAAACCGUCGGCCAAAGACCCGAUUCAUCCAAACAAAUCGGAGUUUAUUCGCUCGAAGUAUCAAAACUUAUCGUUCAUUAAUCGGUCCACAAAUAAAGAGGAGUCCGAAACGGAUAUCAGCGAACAGUUGCACUCAAGUGUCCGAACGCCGAACCUUAAGACAAGUCUUCGUCUAUUGGCCUCCGGAGCCGAUCUGAAUUACAUCCAUAACGAGAAAUACAACUCCCCGUUACAUAUGGCCGCUAAAGCGGGACAGAUAUCGCAGAUAGAGUUGCUAUUAGUUUACGGCGCGAAUCCCUGUAUAGUUGACGUGAAGGGAAGGACACCAAUAGAUUACGCCAAAGACGCCAAUUAUGUGGAUAUCGUCGAGCGUUUAGUCGAAAGUCAAUACGAAUUAAGCGAUCGGUUGACGUAUUUCGUGUGCGGACGAGUGCCGAACCACAAGAAUGGUCAGCACUUUCUGGUGCCCGAAAUGGUGGACUCAGGCGAUCAUCAAACGCACGAUCAGUCGUCGAAACUGAAACUCCAGACCCUUUCCAAUAGGAUAUUUGAAGAGCUGUCGCGCGAUCUGUACGAUGAGGUCGAUCGGCGAGAAAUGGACGCCAUAUUUAGCGCCAGUAAUAGCACAGCGAAUGCCGACCGACAAGUGGUUCCCUUUCUGCCGGUCAAUCAGUACUUCUCGUCGACCAGAAAUCAGGGCCGACAGAAGUUGGCCCGACUUAACAGCAAAGAGUUCGCGCAACUCAUUAUCGACGUGUUGUACGAAAUGCGCCGAAGACUCCAGUGCUAUGAGAACACCGCCGAUGCGAUGACAGGCAAAGCCAAUAGCGUUAAAUCGGUUCCCGCAUUGACUCCGAGUCGAAAAGUGGUCCAAACAUCAGACGGAAGCUCUGAUUACGAUUCAGAACCGCUCUAUGAUUCCGUUCCCUCCGAAGAUGAGGACAAAGAUUAUAAGAAUGUUUUGUUUAAAUUGAACAAAAAGUCUUCGGCAGACAAUCGAACAAAUAGUAAGAAUCCGCAGCGAAAAGAACCAAAGAAUGCUUUGCCAGCAGAGGAUUACACAUCACUGANCUAA